AGGGAUGUUUUUCAUUUGGCCGACAUGCCUCAACCAACCUAACCUAUUAAAUGUGAAUAAAUAAUCAUUUUUGUAAUUAUUUAAGCCCGAAAAUGAUUACACGUACUAUAAAUUUACUGUGCUUUAGUUGAAACGCCAACAAUCACGGUCUAAUCAGCUCAAAUUGUAUUUUUCAAAAAAUCGAAACGUCAUUUUUCACGUGAAAAAGUUAGGUUAAAGAUGAAAGUUUUAUAACCUUUUUGCAUGAGUCCUGGAAGGAUAUUUCAGCAAGCAAAAUGUCAACUUUGGAGUAUUCCGAAUCACUUCGAGAAUGGGGAAGAUCUUCCUGGAAAAACGUCCACAACUGUAAACUGUGUCCCUAUUUUACAACAUCGGUUUUCUUUAUGGUGAACCACGUGCGACGUCACCGUUCAUCUCUUGAAAAAUAUACGUGCGAAAACGCCAAAAUCGAAGAGUAUCAUUGUAAAGACUGCGAUUUUAAAACGGAACUAACGAUUCUGUUCAAACAACACAUUAAUAAUAAUCACUGCUUUAAAAGCGAAUCUGGGGACGAUUUAUCACUUCAGGACUUCAGUGUACAAAACUACGUUUGCAAAAAGUGCGAUUUCGAAACAAAUCUGUCGUUGAAGUGGUUUCAACAUACUUCAGAAUGCACGGGAAAAAAAGAAAAUCUAGCAAGUGUGAGUUCUGUGAAACAGAAUACAAAUAUUUUCCAUUUCAAGAAAAUUGAUGGAAAACGUUGGUAUUAUUGUACGAAAUGUUCCUACAAAGGUAAAUAUCAAUCUGUUUUAAAAUGUCAUAUGGCAAAACAUGAUUUAAACAAAAAGUAUGCGUGUGAUAAGUGUCCAUUUAAAACCGUAUAUAAAGCAACUUUAAGAGAUCACAUAAAACGAAAUCACUUAGACGAGCGAGAUGUUGAAUGGCACAAAUGUGAAAAAUGUCCUUUCAAAACUCUACGAAAAAGUAAUUUAAAACAUCAUAUGAGAAAACAUGAUUCAAACAAACAGUAUGCAUGUGAUAAUUGUCCAUUUAAAACCAUAUGGAAAUUAACUUUAAGAAAUCACAUAAAACGAAACCAUUUAGACGAACGAGAUGUUGAGUGGCACAAAUGUGAAAAAUGUCCUUACAAAACUGUAAUAAAAAGUGAUUUAAAAACGCACAUAAACAACUUACACUUGAAAGAAGAAGAAGGUAAAUGGUAUCAUUGCAAUGAGUGUCCAUAUAAAACUAGGGCUAAAUCUAGUUUAAAGAGUCACGCAAAUUUCAAACACCUAGAUGAAGAAAAAGUUACGUGGUAUAAAUGCGAACAGUGUCAAUUUAAAACUAAGGACAAACAAUCUUUAAGACGCCACGUGAAUGUGAUCCAUUUAAAGAAACAAGAUGCCGAAAGGUGUAUGGAUAAAAAGUGUUCAUAUAAAACCGUAAAUUCGUUUAAGAAAGACGUUAAAUCAAAAGAAUGUAAAUAUUGCCCAUACAAAACUAAAUGGGGAUCGAAUUUAAAAAGGCAUGUAAUUUCUCUACAUUUGGAUGACAAAGAAAUUAAUUGGCACCAAUGUGAGCAAUGUCCGUACAGAAGUAAAUUUUAUUCAAAGUUGAAGAAACACAGAGAUGUUAAUCAUUCAGAAGAACCAAAGACUUGCUUAAAUCACCACUACAUAAAUCAGAUGUUUUUUGAUGGUAUAAGUGCGAAAAAUGUUCUUUUUAAAAAUAUUGUUUAAAAAGUCACAUAAACAAAUUACACUUGAAGGAAGGAGACAUCAAAUGGCAUCAGUGUAAUGAGUGUCCAUUUAAAGCUAAACAUUCAUAUCAAUUAAAACGUCAUGUAAUCUGUAGACAUUUGAAUGAAGAAAAAAUCAAGUGGUACGAGUGCGAAUAUUGUCCACAGGAAACGAAACUCAAGACUUAUUUAACGUCUCAUAUGAAUAGAUGCCAUUUUGGAAAAACGAAAAUUGAAUGAUACAAAUGCGAUCAGUGUCUUAACAAAGAAAACUACUUAAGAAGAAUUAUAUUUGUUUUAAGUUUUUGGUAGUAGCCUUUAAAUAUUUGUAUCAUCACAUUUUGUAUCUCGUGACUACUUUUUCAUUAUAAUUUUAAAGUAAAAAAAAGUAA